UACGAAGAGGACGACUAUCCGAAUAGGCUUCCCAUACAUCUGGCUCCGGUUGCUCUGACAUACGAGGUGACUGAGCGAUACGGUGUCUCGAAUCUGAAUGCUUGGAAUGAAUGGCGAUCAACGGACGCGUUCUCUAAUGCCAAUGGUUUUGUGAGACUUGGGCCUAAAGGACGUUUAUUUAGCGUAAGCAUGCUACAUCAAAUGCAUUGCCUCCAAAUCGUUCGCGGAGCAAUUAUCAGAUGUGACGCGGACGUCCAUGUCCAUCACUGGCUCAAUAUGCUCCGCCAGGGUAUAUUAUGCUCAGCUGAUUCGACCCUCGAUCCGUUGUACUACGCGGUGGACGGCACGCCCGUUGGAGCUGCUGGCAUUGGGAUCAAGCACGUUUGUCGAGAUUGGGAGGCGAUAUACCGGUUUGUGCGAGAAAACCAGCUGACGAAGGCUUGGAAUGCGAGCCACUAG